CGUAAACCCUAGCUGGGACUCGUUUCGCUCGCUUGGGCAACAAUAGCCGCGUAUUAGCGCCUCGGUCGAAGGGGCGGAGACGACGUGGUCGACGUGGAAAUCCUCGUGGUGUUUAAAUUGCCUAAAGAAUACGUUUUCUCGUUCCUCCGAUCGAAAACUGUUGUGGGACCUAGGGUUUAGGAGUUCGUAUUGAAGAGAAGAGCAAUGGCGCCGCCAAAGGAGAAGAUAGCGGCGGCUAUAAGAGCGAUGAAGGCCAUUGGGAUUCCGAAACAUACUGUCAAGCCUGUGUUGAAGAACCUCCUUAUUGUGUACGAGAACAACUGGGAGUAUAUAGAAGCAGAGAACUUCCGUGUCUUGGCUGAUGCCGUACUCGACUUGCAAGAGUCUAAAGUGGAUGAGCAACUGAAGAACGAAAGCUAUAAGGACUAUGUAUCAGUGACAAAGAAAAAUCAUAAUGAGGAUGAGCCAAUGAAGAAGAAAACUUAUAAUGUACGGAAUCGUUUACUUUCUUAUUCAAUUGUUUUGGAUAACUGUGGGAAGCGGCUUAUAAAAGGGCAAGAGGAUCCGACUACUCCUUUAAAUCAUAUCUCGGAGAUGAAUGCAGUUAAGAGGAUUAAACUAGAAGAGGUUUCACCAAUUGGGACCUCAUUGUCCCAACCUUCUCAUAUACAUAGAAAGGUUUCAAUGCAUAGCUUGGGAAGACAUUCUGAAAAGAGGCUCCAGAUAGAAGAAAAUGUAACACCUAAGUUACUAUCGUCAUCACCAUCAUACCGAGUGAGUCACGAAGAAACAGGGGCUAUGGUCCUUUUCCAUAGAACUAGGUCGAAUCAAGAGAGGGCUGAUUCGAGACUUAUUACUUACGAAAGAGAUGAGAGCCUCGAUCAUGGUAACUUGGUUUCUUGUAAGGGACCGAAGAUUGAACCUGGCACUGAGAAUUCACCAGAACAUGUAGACAUAGAUUAUACUUUACUCAAAUCUGACUUGCUGGGUGAUGAAUAUCCAACAUCUGAGGCUCCUCUAUCGAUAGUUUGUACUCCUGAAACAAUUCGGACUGUAAACAGAGGUCACCAAGAGCAACUAAGCCGUCUUGAAGUAGCUUCCUCAAAUUCGGGAGCCAUUAAACUUUUGUUGACAUGUAAUCCCUCUGCACUUGAUUGUAUGGAUUUUCAUAUGCCUAGCAUAGAGGCUAUAUGCAAGGAAGUGGAGAACAAAUGUCUUAGAUCUUAUAAAAUUCUUGAACCCAAGUUUUCUCUUCUGGAUAUUUUGAAAGAUAUUUGCCAUUGUGCCUCAGAGUUAAGUUCUGAACCAGAAAAAUCUAGAGGAGAAAGUAUUACACAUAUAAUUCCUACUUUAGAUUCCUUGCAAAGAUCUUUAAAUGGUCCUUCAUACAUGGCUGAAAUUUGUAGAAAGAAUGUGACUGUAAAAGGAAAGAAGAAGAUGCAAACUGAAGUUCAGCAAGAUAAUUUAAGUAGUUUGAUGUUGAUUCCACAGCCACAGAUUGUACCUGGUGAAAUGAGACCUCUGCAUGAUGUCAAUGAUAUAACAAAGGGUGAAGAAAGAGUUAAAGUAUCUGUAAAAAGCGAACUAAACAAUGAGCAAUACCCACCGUUCUUCCACUACAUACCACAAAAUCUUCCUUAUCAGAAUGCCUAUAUCAAUCUAUCAAUUGCUCGGAUUGGAGAUGAAGAUUGCUGUUCUGACUGUUUCGGCAAUUGCUUAGAAUCCCCACUUCCUUGUGCAUGUGCAAGGGAAACCGGCGGCGAGUUUGCAUAUACAAAAGAUGGACUGCUCAAUGAGCAUUUUCUCGAAGCAUGUAUUCUAAUGCGCCGUGCUCCUCAAAAGCGUCACUUGUUUUACUGUAAAGAUUGUCCUUUAGAAAGAGCGAAGAAUGAGGUAAGGCCCGAUCCAUGCAAAGGACAUCCCAUGAGGAAGUUUAUUAAGGAGUGCUGGAGUAAGUGUGGGUGCAAUAAGCAAUGUGGAAAUCGGGUGGUUCAGCGGGGAAUUACAUGCAACUUAGAGGUGUUUUUAACUUCUGAAGGAAAGGGGUGGGGCCUGCGCACCUGUGAUCAAUUGCCAAGAGGAGCAUUUGUGUGUGAAUAUGUAGGCGAAGUGUUAACGAAUAUGGAGCUAUAUGAUCGAACAAUGCAAAUAACAGGGAAUGCGAGACACACUUACCCUGUUCUGCUAGAUGCUGACUGGGCAACUGAAGGCGUUCUAAAGGAUGAGGAGGCACUAUGUUUGGACGCUACUUUUUAUGGGAACGUUGCGAGGUUCAUAAAUCAUAGAUGUCGUGAUGCGAACUUGAUCGAGAUACCAGUGGAAAUUGAGACACCUGACCACCAUUACUAUCAUCUUGCGUAUUUUACCACCAGGAAAAUAGAACCUUGGGAAGAACUAACAUGGGAUUAUGGAAUUGAUUUUAGUGAUUAUAACCAUCCAGUUAAGGCAUUUCAAUGUCUAUGCGGGAGUAAAUUAUGCCGAGAUGUGUAGCAGAUUUCAAGUAAGUGUCUUAAAGCU